CUGAUCGACCGGUAGAUCUAGGACUCGUCCCUAUUAGAACCGAAAGGAAAGAAGAAAAAAACCCCCCAAACAUUUGUGUGUCUUUGUACAUGUUACACGGUACGUGUAAGCUACGAUAAUCAACAGGCUGCAAAAGUGCUUCGCUUGCUUCCGUGUUUGGCUUCUCAUCAGGACGCGCAUGCGCGGUAAGGGGUGAUCCCGGGAGGUUGGUUGAACGAAAAGUCGAUCUUCGGUCCAAAAAGUUUGGGCACCUCUGAUCUAUGCUAAUUUAUGGUAGCCCAUCUAUGGCGUUUUACACCGUAUGUUACCAAGUAUUUGUAUACAUUUAUUACUUUGAAAACAAAUGGCAUAUUGGUGAAACGACAGGUGCAGCAGCAUGGAAUGUAUGCUAUAGUCUUACUUGUGGAAAAAUACAUGCACUAUCGACGAAAUAACUAGAUGGUGCACUAGGUCCUGGGGAAGUUCGGAAAGUGCUCCUCAAAGUGGAUUUAUAAUGGAAAAUGGACUAUUUCUUGUUGUCCAAGGUGUCUGCUGAGCCAUAAAACAACUCCCAAAGUUUUCCUUGUGUUUCUCACCAGAGCAAAUGUUGGAAAUCAAGUGGCAUUGUGCAUGCUGGUGGUUCUCAUUCCUCACUCUGAACACCCUGCUCUCGGUGUCUUGGAUGUAUAUCUGUCUGGUCACUUCAAAUGACCAAGAGGAUGUCAAUUGGAAGGGCUUCCUCAAACUGAAGCACUGGGUGAACUGGUUCAUGGUGCUGAUCAUCAUUUCGGCGGUAUUAACCAGCUACUGUGUGCUGCUGCUGCUUUUUGCUUUGUUCCAAGUCGCAUUGAAAGAACCACUCAACUUACAUUGGCUCCAUAAGUGCCUUCUUAUCCUUGGUCUGCUUUUCAUCUUUCUUGGAAUCGUUGGAAUAAGUCUCCAGUGGAAGCAAGAAUGGCCAACUGUUCUUCUCUCACUCCAGGCGACUGCUCCUUUCCUGCAGUUCGGUGCUGUUGGAGGUUUGGUUCUGCUGAGCCCAUUUGUCUUCCAGGGAUUCCAUAUGGCCCAAACAAAAUGCUCUCGCUUCCUGAUGGCAUCAUUGUACGCUGCAGUGUCAGCAGCCAUCCUCUUGUGUCCUUUAGUCAUCCACUCACCUUGUCUGAUCGACCACAGCGACUUGCCUCCAAAGCCAAAGCUCAUCGGCCACCGAGGUGCGCCAAUGCUGGCUCCCGAGAACACAAUGAUGUCCUUCCAGAAGAGCCUCCUGUGUGGCGUGAAGGCGUUUGAGACAGAUGUGCAGAUCAGUAAGGACAGAAUUCCAUUCUUGAUGCACGAUCAACACUUAGGCUUCCUCAGAAGAACGACAGACGUCAAAAAGAAGUUUCCGCACAAGGAUUUCAACAUGAGCACCGAGUUGACUUGGAAGGACUUGCAAAGUCUGAAUGCGGGUGACUGGUUCCUUCAGACAGAUCCUUUCCGCUCAUUGUCCCAGCUCUCUACAGAGGAUAAAGAAGAAGCCCGAAAUCAGAGUGUUGCAUCUUUACUGCAACUCCUGCAACUCGCCAAGAGCCACAAUGUCUCGGUCAUAUUCGACCUCUAUAGUCCCGACCAGGAGGCCGACACGGUGGAUGUGGUCAGAACCAUCCUGAUGUCUGACCUGGACCCAAGCCUGAUCAUGUGGCUUCCACCUGCAGAACGAGAAUAUGUAAAAACAGCCGCUCCAGGCUUCAUCCAAGUAUACAACAACGAAUACGACAUGUUUCAAGACGGAGGCAACCAUCUCAAUCUGCAUUAUAACAAGUUGAACACAGCACAAAUUAGGGAUCUUGUGAAUCAAAACGUGACGGUGAAUACUUGGGUGGUCAACGAGUCAUGGCUCUUCUCUCUGCUGUGGUGCGCGGGAGUCAGCUCGGUCACUACCAACGCCUGCCACCUGCUCAGGGACGUGCAGCGGCCCGACUGGAUCAUGCCCCAUCGGAUUUACACAAUCAUGUGGAUUACAGUGGACGUUAUUGCUAUCGUGUUGAUCAUCGGAUUGUACUUCCUACAGCGUCAUUGCUGCCAAAGAAAAGUGUCGAAGAAAGAAAGUGAGAAUUUGUUGGACUGGAAGGAGAAGGAACUGUUGCUCUUAUCAACUGUGAACUAGUGCUAUGACAACAACUGUACUGCUGAUUCUAUACUGCAUUGGAGGCCCAUGGUGAAGUGAUAAAGGAAAGAACAGAUACAGUAUUUUCAACCCAACUACUUCACUAAAGGCUUGUUGUUAUUCCACAAUAUUUGAAAGGUGUCCUUGAGUGUUUAGAAAGGUGCCCACAAAUAAAAUGUAUUAUUAUUGUUAAUAUGCUGCAAUUGAUCACAAAUACAAGACAUCAAGUGCA